AUUCAAUGUAUACUUACAAACAAUGAUACGUUGAAUAAUGCACAAUAUGAAUGUGCCACAGCAAAUUAAUCGAAGUUAACACAUAAAAUCACUUGCAAAAUUAUGUUCAUUCGUCAGAAAUUCAGUUAGUUUUCGUUACAUAUGAGCCGAAUUUACAAUUUUCUCUACGAUAAAAUGUGUUUGUAUACUGCACUCUGAUUGUUAAUUAAAUGAAUGAGAACACAACGAUAAAGGCCACAAAAAGUAAAACAACGAAAAAACAAAAUAAAAAAAAUGGCAAAAUGUGGGCUCAGACGAACGAAAAAACUAAAAAUUUUUACUAAAUACCAACGACAACUCGGCCUAUAUCGUUGCUAUCGCUGCACUCAAUUAGUUUAACACUUCCAAUGCGGCUGGAUGGACAACACGUCCAUUCUUUUAUUCGUUUCGUUUUGAGUCUCUGUUUCGAUUACGUUUAUCGACAUUGUUUUUGCCAUACAAAUGCUGAGUUUCGUUCAUCAGUUCAUCAGACACACAAAAUUAUGCAAGUGUAUUGUGUAAGUGACACUUUCCUUUUUCACUGAUUUUGAAACAACGAGAUAAGGCGACAGUUGAUAAGAACUUUCUCAAUUGCACUGUAUAUUAUCAGAAUUUUAUAAGUAAAUACUCUUGCAAUUGGCUAAAAUAGUUGAAAUAAUAAAAUAAUUGUCAAAACUAAUGAAUUUCUUUCUGCUCACAGCCAAAACUGUUUAUUGUAUGUAUUUCUUCGCAAUUGUCAAAAAGAAAAAAAUAACAAACGAAAAGGUGCGUUCAUUGAGUGUGAUUGAACGCACUCGUUUUGAAUCUGUCAAAAUACCAUGUGCUUGUCGACACUGACACCGACAUCGAACUUUAAACAAACGAUUAGUUGAGAACGCGUGAUAAAACGGUAUUGAUAUUGAAAAAUGGCCAAAAUUAAGACACAAAAGAAGAAAAAGGUUCAACAAAAGGAAAAACCUGAAAAUGAAGAAGUUGCAUUGCCCAGCACCAGACAGUCGGACGAUGUAAUCCCGAAUAAGAGAAACUGGAUAAACAAACAGCGUGUCUUGGUGUUUGCUGCACGUGGUAUAAAUCAUCGUGAUCGUCAUUUGAUGAAAGAUUUGCGCAUGUUGAUGCCUCACCAUCGCGAGGAAUCGAAGAUGGAGCGAUCGAAAACGUUGAGCGUGGUCAACGAAGUGUGCAGCAUGAAGCAUUGCAACAAAUCCAUAUUGUUCGAAGGUCGCCGCAAACAGGAUUUGUAUAUGUGGUUCUCAAAUGUGCCCGAAGGACCGUCAGCCAAAUUUCUCAUCGAAAACAUACACACAUUGGGAGAGCUCAAGCUCACCGGUAACUGUUUGAGAGGCUCACGUCCGUUGCUAUCGUUCGAUCCAAAAUUCGACGACCUCCCGUAUUUGCAAUUGCUUAAAGAGCUAUUCACACAGAUUUUCGGCGUACCGAAACACCAUCCCAAAUCACAACCAUUCUUCGAUCAUGUUUAUUCGUUCACAUUCUUGGAUAAACGCAUUUGGUUUAGAAACUUUCAAAUUCUAUCCGAAGAUGGUGGUUUGUGUGAGAUUGGCCCACGUUUUGUGAUGAACCCGGUCAAAAUUUUCGACGGUUCAUUUGGCGGUGAACCGUUAUGGGAAAAUCCAGAGUAUGUCAGCCCAUCAAAGCAUCGUCAGCUGUUGCGAAAAGCAGCCAAAGAUCGUUACGUGAAUCGCUUGGAACAAAAGACCACAUACGAAGUCACCAGACCCAAAACAACGUUCAUCUUCAACGAAUUUAAUGACAUCUUCCAAGGUGAUCCAUUGGAAAAAGCCGCCGAAUUUCUGGAAAAAGAAGACAAGGAAAAGGAGAAAGCCAGUCAGGCCAAACGUCGAAAGAAAAACUAAUGCACCAGAUUCUAUUUUGAAUUUUUUUUAUUCGUCUUUAAGCUACAAUUUAUUGGAAUAACAAAACUCGAAAUUAUUAAAUAAAAAAAAAACCAUUUGAAAAAAA